AAUGGAUGAUGAGGACUGUGAAAGAAGAAGAAUGGAAUGUUUAGAUGAAAUGUCCAAUCUUGAAAAGCAAUUUACAGACCUUAAAGAUCAACUUUACAAAGAAAGAUUAAGCCAAGUGGAUGCAAAACUACAAGAGGUCAUAGCUGGAAAAGCACCUGAAUAUUUAGAACCAUUGGCAGCUUUACAAGAAAAUAUGCAAAUCCGAACCAAGGUGGCAGGUAUCUAUAGAGAGCUUUGCCUGGAAUCUGUGAAGAACAAGUAUGAAUGUGAAAUUCAAGCUUCUCGACAGCACUGUGAGAGUGAAAAGCUUCUAUUAUAUGACACUGUACAAAGUGAACUAGAGGAGAAGAUUAGAAGACUUGAAGAAGACAGGCAUAGCAUUGACAUUACCUCAGAAUUAUGGAAUGAUGAGCUCCAGUCCAGGAAGAAAAGGAAGGAUCCAUUUAGUCCAGAUAAGAAGAAACCUGUUGUUGUGUCAGGCCCAUAUAUAGUUUAUAUGUUACAAGACCUUGAUAUACUUGAAGAUUGGACAACAAUAAGGAAGGCAAUGGCUACACUGGGGCCACACAGAGUAAAGCCAGAAUUACCUGUCAAAUUAGAAAAGCAUCUACAUAGUGCUAGAUCUGAAGAAGGAAGACUCUACUAUGAUGGAGAAUGGUAUGGACGUGGACAGACGAUAUGCAUUGAUAAGAAAGAUGAAUGUCCUACAAGUGCCAUAAUUACAACAAUUAACCAUGAUGAAGUUUGGUUCAAGAGACCGGAUGGAAGCAAGUCCAAGCUGUAUAUUUCUCAGCUACAGAAAGGAAAAUACUCUAUAAAACAUAACCACAACUGACCAUUGCUAACCAGAUAUGAAACAAGUGGUAUUGCCAUGCUUGAUGUGCCAUGGGGUGAAAGUUUCUAUUUGUGAUUUGUAUUCCUUACACACCAGAUUCUGCUGUAAAUUUAUAUUUGUCGUGCUGUAUGUAAACUUCAUAUGGAUGGCCUUCAGAAACCUGAUGAUAUUAACAUGUCCGUCAACAUGAUUUACCUCUAAAUUUGGUCCAGUGUGUAAGAUACAAAGUAUGCUUUCAAGUAUAA